AUGUUGGCUGAUACCAGCGAAGCUGUGGGCAGUCGGCUCGAAUUGAAGGGCUUGCGUUACCUUCGAGGAGGCCGAGGCCGCUGCCUGGCAACCUGGGUGAACAAAGUCAGCCUAGCCUCACCCUACUUCCACAUCGCUAUCACUCAGAAAGAGGGUGACGAAGAUAUCAAGGACGAUGACCCAGUCCUUGUUGUAGAACUGCAUCAACAUCGGUAUCUUAAUUACUCUAACUGCCAGCUUCAGCGACAUCAGUCAGGCCAUAACCAAUCUGGCCAAGUUUAUCAUCGUGUGAUUCCUCCUCAGCCGCUGGGUCAAAGGCGCGUCAGUGUUACUGUGGCUGGGCUUAACCAGGCAGGACAAAUAAGCGUCAGCCAGGUAGGUGACGACGCUAGCCUCCGUUGUCAGGCUGUACUAUUGGCCACCAGCACACCGUUGCAUGCUGACACUCCGGGCAUCCGAUAUGGCUGGGACUGGCGUCGGUUGGAUGGCGACUCCUCGGCAGGAAGUUCUGUUGCUGUCGGGAUCGAGACGCAGGCGGACAGCCUUAACCUACGUGGAGUACAAGCGGCUCCGGGGCAGGGUGGACGUGGGGUCAAAGGUCGUUGUGUGGUACAUGUGAAGGCCAAGUUGGUCGAACCCACUGCCGACGAGGACGAGGAAAUGGCAUUUGCCUCGGAAUAUUUCAGGAUAGAGGUGACCAGAAAGCCCGAGGUUAGAGAAGAAGACCUGCUCUAUCCGAUUCCAGGAACUGAACAAGGUAAGUCUGGUGAAUUGGAUUAA